AUGAAGUUAGUAGGAUUCUGUUUGGAACAGAGCAUGCUACCUUCGAAAGUUGAUUCAGGGGGUACAUAUAGGCUGCUUGAAUAUUCAAGUAAAGGCGAUAAAGCCUGUGUCAUACAAGAAUUGGAGAAAGGAGUGGAUCUUAAUGUGGCUGACUACGAUAGGAGGACUGCCCUUCAUUUAGCAGCUUGUGAAGGUUGGACUGAAGUUGUUGUUCUGCUUCUUGACAGAGGAGCUGAUGUCAACUCUUUAGAUCGUUGGGGUCGAACUCCAUUGUCCGAUGCUCGUAGCUGUGGUCAUGAUGAGAUUUGCAAGAUACUAGAAGCUAAAGGGGGAAUCGAUCCGGUGGGCGAUGACUCUCAAGCUCCGUGCUUUGAAAUUGAUCACAUGGAGGUGAACAUGGAUGAAGCAACCCUUAUUGGAGAGGGAGCAUAUGGUGAAGUUUAUCUGGUAAAGUGGCGGGGCACUGAAGUUGCUGCCAAGACAAUUCGUUCCUCCAUUGCGUCAAAUCCUAGAGUGAAAAAUACCUUCUUAAAGGAACUGGCUUUGUGGCAAAGGUUGCGCCACCCUAAUAUAGUGCAGUUUCUUGGCGUUCUAAAGCACUCUGAUCGCUUGAUCUUCCUCACUGAGUACCUUCGGAAUGGAAGUUUGUAUGAUAUAUUGAAAAAGAAGGGAAGACUUGAUCCAACAACAACCCUUGCUUAUGCUCUAGAUAUUGCAAGAGGGAUGAAUUAUCUACACCAGCAUAGACCACAUGCUAUAAUACACCGAGAUUUGACACCAAGGAAUGUCUUACAAGAUGAAGCUGGCCGCCUUAAGGUUACUGAUUUUGGUUUGAGCAAAAUUGCCCAGGAAAAGGAUUCAUAUGGUUACAAAAUGACCGGGGGAACUGGUUCAUAUCGUUAUAUGGCACCUGAGGUUUACCGCCGAGAAUCCUAUGGGAAGAGCAUUGAUGUCUUCUCCUUUGCUUUAAUCGUGCACGAGAUGUUCCAAGGAGCACCAUCAAACAGGGUGGAAAAUGCUGAACAAAUUGCAGACAGAAGGGCAUAUGAAGAUUCAAGGCCACCUCUCUCUUCAUUCAUAUACCCUGAAGAAAUGAAGACUCUUCUCAAAGCAUGCUGGCACAAAAAUCCAGACUGUCGACCGACAUUCGAAGAGAUAAUAGUGCAGCUAGAGGUAAUCCUGGAUAGUUUUACAAGUGAGAAAGCAACGAAAUCCCGCUGUAGGUGUAUUGUGUUAUGA